GUGCUUAAAUAUAGAGAAAGGGGAUCAGGGAGUCAUCACACUUCUACAGGUAGUGGCUGAGUCAACAUGAACUCUAAGGUCAUUCUCGUAUUCUUGGGCCUGGCUGCCCUCGUAGCAGCUGACAGCAGGGAGUCCUUCGAAUACGCUCCACGAAGGGGAUCCUCCGAGGAGUCCUACGAAUCCAGCGAGGCCCAUUACAGCUUCAACUGGGCCGUCGACCACGACCCUUCCAGCAACGAAUUCGGACACCAGGAAACCCGUGACGGAGACGACACUCAGGGAUCCUACUACGUCGAGCUCCCCGACGGCCGUCUGCAGACUGUCAAGUAUUUCGUCGACGGAGACUCAGGCUACGUGGCUGAGGUCAACUACGAAGGAAGCGCCUCAGCCGAGUCAGGCUCCGCUGAGUCCAACGAGAGGCCAAGAUACUACUACGGCUCCGGCUCCAACGAGUCCAAAUAAGUCCUCCAAAUAUCCUAUGAAUCAUUUCCCUGUCUUGACUGUACAAACUCCUAUUUAAACCUAUUUAUUUCCAAUUACAUGCAUAAAUAAAAGAAA